CAAGCUGGUGUAUUGAUGUGCUUACUUGUGUUCAGCUAUCGUAAAAUGUGGUUGAAAUUUGGACUUACGAUAUUAACUGCUGUUACCAUUAUAGUUUUAGUGAAAUAUGUAACUUUGACACCAGAACUGCCUCAAAUAGUCGUCCUGCCAAAUGUAGAAAUCAGCUUUAUGCGCUGUGAAUCAUCAGUGGGACGUCCAGCACCCAGCAUCACGUGGUACCUGGACAACAGAACUCCUUCUGACUUCAGUGAUGAUGUAAACCUUACUGGGUAUAGUAGGAGUUUAUCAGUGUCUGAUGUGACGACAAGCAGUCUCACAUUGACGCCAACCAGUAAACAUAAUGGUGCAAGGAUAUACUGUAAUGUCUCGAACGAAUACGGGCAGAUCAUGUCCAAUAGGACCCUGCAAAUCAAUGUGCUGAUUUAUCCAACUAAACCGACAAUAAUGCACAACACGGUAUUGUUACCAUCAAGUAUCUCUGCAAUACAAAACAGUACUAUGACGCUAGAAUGUCACUCCUCUGGCAACCCGGAACCGAAUGUUUCGUGGACCUUAUUUAACGGUUCCACAAUUAGCAGUUCGGUCGUUCUAUUUAACGUUGCAACAAGUAAAACACAAGAACAGAUAGUAUGCAGAGCCACCAGUCUUUUGGAUCCAACGAAUGGAUCCAGGGUAACAGUUGAAAAUACAACAACGACAACUUUGAAUAUUUUAUAUCCUCCGUCUUCUCCGUCCUGUCAAAUCGGAUCAGUUACAAUACAAUCAAACGGCAUACGGGCUGUCGUCAAUAAACCCUUUACAAUGACGUGUACAAGCAGAAGCAACCCUCCUCCUUCCCGGUAUAUAUGGGCACUUCCAUAUGGUACAAAACAGACUGGAGCACAGCUUUUAAUUCAACGUAUGCAGCCAAGCGAUAAUAAUCGAUACACACUUGAAGUGGUAAAUGAAAUGAAUGCAACGUUCGAACGGGAUGUCGUUUACGGAAAUUUCACAGAGUCGUACACAUUUGAACUUUUAUAUCCGGUGACAAAUCUGUCUAUCUAUCAUCGUGGACAAAGCGAUCAACAUAUAGACAGUCGAACUAUUAGCGUUAUUGGAAGUCGUGAGGUCAGUUUCCGAUGCAAUGCCUUUUCCAAUCCGGUUCCGCGUUAUGUAUGGAAAUUGAGUGGUGCUAUAGUUGCAAACGGUUCUUACUGGAAAACCACAUUCGUCAACAAUACUAGUAUUGUUUGUAUUGCAACAAAUACCCUCGAUCCGACUGGGAAUGAAAUUAUGGACACUUUUAGUUCAUUGAAUGUUUCCAUCCAUGUUUUGUAUGCUCCUGAGAGGCCAAAGUUAACGUUUCAAACGUGUGCAACGUAUUCCCAAACUAAUCAUCUUAAGGUGAUCCGAGGUCAUUCCGUCUCGGGCAGAUGUACUUCAAAGAGUGAACCGGGUUCCAAGUUUUACUGGACACCUAUCAAUACUGGAAAUGGUGAUGGCUUCUUAAUCACCAAUGUCAGUAGAUACCACAUCGGCAAUUACACGUGCAUAGUCAAUACUGAAAUGAACACAACAUUUGGUGGGAAUAUCAACGGAACAAAUCAGUCCAGUUUUUAUCUAGAUGUCUUAGCACCCGCAGAAGCUCUGUUCAUUGGCAAUUUUACGGUUUUAUUGAACACAACGUUAUCAGUCACUUGCCCAUACACGCCUGGAAACCCAGAGGAGACGAGAUUCACGUGGUUCCACUCCAAUACCUCAGCAAUUGGAUCUCAUCAAAAUCUGUCUUUAUCUAAUGUGCAGCUCGCAGGCGAAGGCUACUACAAAUGCAGAGUCAACAACACUAUGGACCCUACGGGAUGUGCCGCUAAAGAGGGAUACGAUGAAACAACAUUUUUCGUUGAUGUGCAAUAUCCUGCGAAGAUAAGUAGAUUUUAUGCCGACGGGUCAAAUUUCGCGUCCAGUUUAACUAUCAACGAUAGUCAGACUGUGACGCUACUCUGUCAAGCUGACAGCGACCCUUUAGCAAAACUAGAACUCGUAAAUAUUACGAAAGGUGAUGAGCGCUUAUUAAUGGACGCGCACACCAACACAAUAUCCGCUCAUUUGUCAAAUGCGCGAUGUGAAUAUGAUAUGGGAAUCUACCAAUGUAAAGGAAAGAACAUCCAUAAUGCAUUUCAACAGGUUCGCAACCUAGAGAUCAGGAUUACGUGUUCACCAAGACCUUCACCAUUUUCGCCACCGAUUGCCACAGCUUAUAGAAGAAGAAAUGCAUCAGCUAUUUUAACGUUCACUUUCGUGGCCUAUCCUCUUCCAAGUGACGUAUCAGCAUAUGUCUGGCGUAAGAAAGUAGAUGAUGAAUGGGUAUUACUUCAAAAUAACAGCCGAUUCCGAAUUCGCAUAUCAAACGACGGUCUGCAGACUAACCUCUCAAUAUUUCAUUUAGAAAAUGACGAUUUUACAAACUAUUCGGUCCGUGUGAACAAUCACUUUGGAUCUACAGAGCAAACAUUUGUCAUUCGAGAAAAUGAGCAGCCUUCUGUGCCGCAACAACUUCUUGUCGUCGACGCCAUGGUGACUCAAAGUUCUAUCGCAGUUCAAUGGACACCUGGAUUUAAUGGGGGUGAAGACCAAUGGUUCGUGAUCGGUUACAAAAAGGCAGCAGAUGAAUCCUGGACUUACAUAAACGUUUCUUCAACAGUUACUCAAUUGAAUAUUGGGGACUUAGUUGCGGGUACCAAGUAUGAAGUGAAAAUGUAUGCAGAGAAUAUCAUAGGCAAAUCUGAUGAUACUACUGUACUAAGUGCAACAACACAACCUGUUAUUUCAGAUAACGGAUCCUCUCCAUCGGUUGGGGCUGCAGUAGGCGGUUCUGUUGCUGGAACUCUCGUGGCAGUCAUCUUGGCGGUGCUAUGGAAAUAUAGGAAAGCGUUUAAACGUAAACCUGGUGAAGCUGCUCAUUACGAUGACUUGUUCAAUAGACAAGCCGAUGUCCCUUCUUCAAAUACCAGUUCCGAAUAUGAAGCCUACAGAGUCGAGGCCCAGCAAACAAACCAGUACGAGACACUUGCGGAAACUUCUUUUCAUGAAUAUCCGGUUUUAUCACCUGGUGGAAAACAUGAUUAUAGUGUCAUGAACCGUGUUAAUCAAGUUACUGACACUGAUCGUGCAAUCGUGAAUCAGGAAAACGCCUAUGUUAAUUUGUCGUUUUCAGAAACAUAAAUAGCGUUUCAUUUUGUAAUUGUUGUGAUUUCAUCCAAAAACAUUUAUAGCGCAAAAAUAAAGUAUUCACACAUUGAACGUUGUUUGAGUAUAAUUUUUAAUGAUCGUUAAUUGUAAGUAUGUGAAGAAUGUGGAUUGUAUUAAUACAAACAAUAUUUGAAUUUAGAUUGUUUAAUGUUUUCCAUUCAUAUUGAAACAUGUAGAGUCAAAUUUAUUUGACGAUAAGCAUAUUUAAUUUUCCUAUAAGAAUGCAGCUUUUAAAUUCAACUGAUCAACGCUUGUUAU